AUGCACUUCUCCACACUCUCUGUCAGCCUCGGACUGUUCAGCGCCACUGGAUGGGCUGCGUAUGUGCUAGAGGACGACUACUUCUCUGGAAACUUCUUCGACAAAUUCGAUUUCUUCGUGGAUGAGGAUCCUACCCAUGGCUUUGUGGACUACCAAAGUCAGAAGGCUGCAGCUGAUGCAGGCCUUAUCAACACGACGAGCUCAGGUGCCUACAUGGGCGUAGAUCAUACCAACGAAUGCCCGAAUGGACGGCCCAGCGUUCGCAUCUCCAGUAACAAGUCUUACAAUACCGGACUUGUCGUCAUCGAUCUAGCGCAUAUGCCAGGCAGCAUUUGUGGGGCGUGGCCAGCAUUCUGGAUGCUAGGUCCCGAAUGGCCGAAUGGGGGCGAAAUCGACAUCAUCGAGGGCGUCAACGACCAAGUCGGUAACAAAGCAACUCUUCACACAGGACCUGGCUGCUCUAUCGACAAAUCGGGAGACUACUCUGGUACACUCAAAUACACCACCUGCGCAUCAGGUGGCGACAACAAUAAUGGCUGCCAGAUCGCUGAAGAUAGCGAUAUCAGCUAUGGUACCAACUUCAACAACAACGGCGGCGGCACGUACGCAACAGAGUGGACGGCAGACUACAUCAGUGUCUGGUUCUGGCCACGAGGCUCCUGUCCGGAAGAUGUGCUCGGAGAUUCCCCAAGCCCUUCGAGCUGGGGCACCCCAUUCGCCAAGUUCCAAGGCGAUUGCAACUUCGGGACAUCUUUCAAGGACCAGUCGCUCAUCUUCGAUACCACUUUCUGUGGUGACUGGGCUGGAAACGCAUGGGCUAACAGUACCUGCGCGUCGAAAGCUGAUACCUGCGAGGUAUAUGUUCAGGAUACUCCGGCAGCCUUUACGGAAGCAUAUUGGGCAAUCAAUGCGCUGAAGGUUUACAGCGCCAACGGCGAGUCAUCGCCUCCGAUAUCGACAUAUAUUGAGACGUUUACCUCGAUACAAUAUGUCACUCAGCCAGAGUCGUCGUAUGUCGCACAGCCUACGAUACAAACUGCGUACCCGAGCACUCUUGCGAUAUCCACAAAGUAUGCCGGCUACGUUCCGGUGCCUGAGUCGUCAAGUCCGGUCGAAACCAGCAGUCCCUCUGAGACUGGAACAUCCUACGUGCCCGUUGUCGGCAGUGACGGCAGCGUUGGCUACGGAAGUGACACCGCAGCUUCGCCACCUUCUGACACUGGCGGAGGCGGAGGCGGAGGUGGAGGCUGGUUCUCCAAUUCGAACGGCGUGGUCGACUACAAUGGGGGGCAUGGUCAUGGCUCACGAGACCUGGAGGCAGAGACGCGGGACAGACACGCAAGACAUUUGAGAGCGCACAAGAGGCAUGGAAAAGCCAGAUUAUGA